GAUAAUUACAGGUUGUCAAAAGCUACGGUGGUGGUAGGUUGAAGUUUCCCACACAUUUUACGCGCUUGUAUUGCUGACGACAACAAUAGCAAUGAGUUCAUGCAAAGAACGUAAGAAUCGCCUAGUGGAUCGACUUUACCUGGAGGCUGUUAAAAGGGGUGAUCGUGAGGCUGCAGAAUUUGCUCUAGAGAAUAUCAAAGUUUUCGACAAGGACUGUCUGGACCACAAUGGCGACUCCGCCAUCGACUUGGCCAUUGAAAAGAGAAAUACUGAGAUGCUGAAGAUACUGAUUGAUUACAAAGUUAAUGUCAGAGAUUCCUUGCUUCGAGCAGUUGAUGCGGAAUACUUGGAAGGAGUUGAAAUAAUUUGUGAAUUCGCAGACAUUACCUCAAAUAAGGCGAUACUGGAGGUUUCCUCACGAAAUGGUGACUUCCACCCGAUUAUCACGCCCUUAGUUCACGCAGCGCAUCUGAACAAUUACCAUAUCAUCAAAGUUCUCCUCAAACACGGCUCUGAGAUAUGUUCUCCCACUAAAUGGGAGGAAGAGGAAGACUACACGCUUGAGAGCUGUAUAUCGACUUACGAAAUCUAUCGGGCUUUAUCCAGUCCGGCUUACAUUUCGCUUACAGCUUUCGAUCCAAUAAAUGAGGCGUUCAGACUCAGUAAACGCCUGAAAGAGCUGAAAUACUGGAGGGUGGAGUUCGGCGAUGAGUUCCAUGCUCUUGCCGAGCAGUGUGAAAGCUAUGCCGCUGAUUUACUUAACCAUAUUCGAAGUUCACGAGAGCAGAUGAUAGUAUUUAAUUACUCAAGAACGAAGAAGAACGACACAGAAUACAGCACAUUGGCCCCAAGUCGGGUGAAGCUCGCUAUCGACUGUGGACAGAAAAAAUUCGUCGCGCAUCCAUUCUGUCAGCAGUAUUUGACGGAGACAUGGUUCCGAGAUUUACGGAUCCACCGGAGUCAAAGCAGCGUCAAGACGCUCCUGUUUACCUUGUCAGCAGCCAUAUUGUUUCCCGUAUUAUCAGUAGCCAACGUGCUUUCCCGAAAUUGGAAACUUGGCAAGUGGAUCGAGAUCCCGUAUAUCAAGUUCAUCUGCCAUUCGGCGUCCCAGUUCACUUUCUUCAUACUGAUCGUUAUCAACAAUUAUGUGAAUACUCAUGAAGACCGAGACAUGGAUCCACUUGACCUACAAAACAUUUCCAUGUUUUUAAUAUUAAUAUACGUUGUCAGUCUUACUUGGUCGUUAAUUUGUGCAAUUAAUCGACAGAAGGUUCGAUGGAAGACGUUAUACGAUGCUCUGUACCUGUCUUUAUUCUGGGUUUACUUCCUGAUAACUAUUACUACAUGGAUAGAGAUGCGAAAUUUACCAACUUCAACUCCAAUAUCCACUCCGACUCCUACUAACUUCACACCACCAGAAUUCUCUUGGUUAAAAAAAGAAUUAGAUGAUAUAAGGAAAGUGUGUGAAGCGAAGAAAAGCUCGGUUACACCAACGAUAACGAGACGGAAGAUUUUCAAGUCGUACACGGUAUACGACAACGAGGAGAAUCACGACGAAGUCAACCUCCGUCAGUUGAAAGCCGACAUCACAUUAGCCUAUGCCAAAGUUUUAGCAGUUCUUAGAAUGAUGUCCCUAUUGGUCUGGAGCCGCCAUGUGGGUCCAAUGCAGAUCUCUCUCGGUCGCACGAUGAUGGAUAUUGGAAAAUUUAUGAUUAUUUUUGUCUUUGUUUGGUUUGCAUUUUCGCUCGGGAUGAACCAAAUUUAUUGGUUUUACGACAAGGAGGUGUUCGGUGUAAUCGGAUUCAAAUCUUUAAUGAGCAGCCUGAUGUCAUUAUUUUGGUCGUUGUUUGGCGUAUCAGAGCAAACAAUAUUCACAGGUCAUCCUGCCUACUACGCUGCGACAGAGAUUGCUGGUAUGGGAAUGUACUCUCUCUACCAUGUGUUUGCCAUCGUAAUUCUAUUCAACCUGUUAAUAGCAAUGAUGAGUAAUACUUACACUAACAUCGAGGAGGAUGCAGAUAUCGAAUGGAAAUAUGCUAGAUCGCAGCUUUGGAUGGAGUAUUUUGACGACAGCAUAAUUGUUCCGCCACCAUUUAAUCUUCUACCUAGACCAAGUGUUUGCUUUAAACACAUAAAAUGCUUUCUCGGGUUCCCAUGCUCAGAAACUAUGAACAGGGUAAUCAGAUAA